UCAUUUCAGCCACACAGAAAGGUUGAGAAUAGGUAGCUAGCUAGGACAUGAUUAUGAACAUAGUGCGUUCUCUUAAUAUAGCUACCAGCUACAGCAACAUUUGCCAACUUUAAUUUGCCUUCCUCUUGACUAUCCAUCCACACGUGUCGCUAUGGACAACCGUUGUUAUUGUUGUGCAUCAAAGUUCACUCUAUUUAAGAAGGAGUUGGGCUGUAAGAGCUGCGGCCGCUCCUUCUGCUCCAGCUGCCUGACUCUCAGUGCUGUGGUGCCUCGCUGUGGCAACACGCAGCAGAAGGUCUGUAAACCGUGCCACGGGAACCUGACAAGUGGGGAAUCUCCAAACAAUGCAGGAAAAUGGUCUCCGCCUGAAAACUACAAGAAACGGGUUGCUGCGCUGGAGGCUAAACAGCAAGGACAGUCGACACAGCCUUCAGCACAAGGAGGCAGUAGAAACGAUAAAGCCUGCCAUCUACCCAUCAAAGGCCUGAGCAAAGAAGAUCAGGCUAUCGCCGAAAGACUUCAAAAGCUGAAGGAGGAUACGGCGCCAAGGUCCGUCCCCUCUGAGAAGGAGCUGGAGUCUCGCCUUGCUGCUCAGAAAGCUCCUGUCCGGCCGGUGCCUUCAGUAGAGGAGAUGGAGAAACGUCUGGCACUUCUACAGGGUCAGACUCCACCCUCUCAAGCUCCUCCGCCUCAGGUGCAUAAGCCCCCAGAUAACAGGACUCAAACUGAACAAGCCAAUGAUCUGAUUACUCGGAUGUCGGAGGAAGUUGCCAUAGACAACCAGCAAUUGGAUCCUGAAUGCAGUGUAGAUGGUCGCCUGAAUGAUCUAAACAAGGGGGAGGGGGGGACAUCGGAUGAGAAUUUGGAGGAGAACCAGCAGGGGGACAAGCAGCUGGAAGCCGAGACGGCUCAAGUCAUGGAGGAGGCCAUGGAGGAGCUGAGGAAGGAACGCCAUUCCCAGGAUCAGAUCCUCAACAUGGCCAAGCGGAUGGCGCAGCUGAAGGGGCGGGACCCAGACAAAGUCACUAUGGAGGACUUUCAGCAGCAUGACAGUGAAGAGGAGACUGAAGAAGAAUCUGUGAAGAGAGUGUUGAAACAGCUCUCUGAAGAGGCUGCAUUGGAUGAGGCAAGUGGAUACAACAUACCUUUAGAACACAGCGGACCAAAGAACACAGAAAUGAAGAAACAGUCAAAGAAACAGACCCAGGCUCCAGCGCCCAAGAGUAAGAUUUCCACAGCUGCUGUUGCACAUCAGCCAUCAGACAGUGAUGAGGAGGAGCUCCCGUGGUGUUGCAUCUGUAACCACGAUGCAACUAUUCGCUGUCACACCUGUGAUGGAGACCUAUACUGCCACCGCUGCUUCAGGGAAGGCCACGAUAAGUACGACAGGAAGGAGCAUCGCACCACUAACUACACUGCGCCAAAGAAGAAGAGGAAGACUUGAUAGCGAGGAGUGCUUUAGGCGCUUGCCCUAUCAUGCUGUGGUCAGUCAACAUGGUUGGACUUGCGCAUUAGGCUACAGUGACCUAUCAUUGUCAAUAAAACAGUAUCGUAGAAGAUGUAAACACUACCUAUUAUUAUUAUUAUUAUUAUUGUUAUCCAAACAAUCCAGGACCUCCACUUUUUAAAUCCAAUGUGCUCAAAGUAGCUAUAAAAAUGUAACCGCAUAGACUCCAGGAAAAGCAGCGUCUUAAUCUUUCUGUAAUCUAAGUGACCUGAAAACAUUUUUUAAAAAUGGGUGAUGUUUAUGGCCAAGCAACGCCUAGAAAAUAGACAUACGCUUUAAUGUAAUGCAAUAAGUUUAAUAUGAAAAAAAAGAAAGCUCCUAUGUCUUCCUGUUAUGGCAUUUUAGCAAAAACCGCUCCGCUUCUGCAUACAAAUGAGAAGCUUUUGUGUUUUCUAUUAUCACUUGUUUUACUUUCCGAAGGCAAACAAAGGCUCAUCUCAGACCCAAUUUGCGCACCCAGACAGCAGCCACGUCACAAGCUCAUCUGGUGUAAUGUACAAUCCUAGACUACUGUCGACUCCGGGCCGAUCAAGCCCAGAGGAGUGAGCAUAAAAGGAUUACUGAGGGCUUUGUUCUCUGCUGGCAGGCGCUGCCGUCACUCAUGUAAUCUACGUGAGGCUGCCACUGUGACAUGAUCGUUGCCUUCCUGGUCCACCGUGUGCAAUUCCAAGAUUAAGGAUACAAAGGCGUUAGCGGCUGCGUCUCGUUUUUUUAUUUUUUAUUUUAUUUUAAUGUGACCUCACUAAAAAUGUCCCAGGCUGGCAGGCAUGGUCUUAAAGAGACAACGCUCGAACAAAGCGAAUGACUAUAAAGGAGGCCUCAGCCUCGGACCCUCUGCGUAGGACGGAGAGAAGGCCGGAGAGCGGUUCCCUCUCUCUGCAUCACUGUCAAGCAAACUGAGGGGGAAAUAGUUACUUUCCUCUGGAGGGGGGGGGGGGGGCUUUCACCCAUUAAGGUUUGCCCAGGAGGCCGUUUUUUCAGUGUUUUGCUUGUCCGGCCGUAGCCGUGCGCGCACCACAAACAGGAAAUGGAUGAGGAUAAUGGACGCUUACUUAAUGGACAUUUGCUGCUGCUGAUUCCACUGUGUUUACUCCUACUUUUGACAUGUCAACGUCUCCUUUGUCUGCAUCCCCUCUGCUGAAAGAUUCACGCCGGAUAAUGGAGGCUUGUGUUCCCGGGUAACGACACGCUGGCGGCUGUAGUUGCCUCGAGGACAGUAGGACAUAAUACUUCUUUAAAAGGCAAAUAAAGGGUUAGCAAUAAAGAGUAUCUGUGUUAACAGUUCAUUUGGUUCUCUUAAUCAAUGGGUGUAAUGU